AUGCGAUGCGGUCGCAGGUUCUGGUUGGCGGUACAGGAUCUGAAGCGGCGGCCGCUCCAGGAAGUGUCCUCCAGGGCGCAGGAGAUCUGGCAGGAGUUCCUGGCGGAGGGAGCGCCCAGCUCCAUCAACCUGGACUCCCACAGCUACGAGCGCACCAGCCAGAACCUCAAAGACCCCGGACGAUACAGCUUCGAGGACGCUCAGGAGCACAUAUUCAAGCUAAUGAAAAGUGACAGCUAUGCACGCUUUCUGCGAUCCAACAUCUACCAAGACCUCCUGUUAGCCAGAAAGAAGCAGCCAGCAGACACUGAACAGGGCCGCCGCACCUCCCUGGAGAAGUUCACGCGCAGUGUGGGCAAGUCAUUGACGGGAAAGCGCCUGACAGGCCUCAUGCAGUCGUCCUGACACAGCCUGUGCUGGAGGGGCACAGCCAGAUCCUAUCGGAGGGGGGACAGCCACACAGGGGCCGGGGCACAGACAGUGAAGCUGGGCUGGACAGGGCUGCUCCCAGGACUGCUGCUGUACUGGUAGUGCAGCACUGGGCCUGAAGGGGGGGGGGGGACCACUGAAGAAGAGACAAUGCUGACAAGAGGAACCUCAGCCAACACUCCACAUGGCAUGCAGCAUACAGUGUAAGCACAUUCAGACUAGGGCUGCCCUCUUCUCACCACUUAGAUGGCAAACUGGUUGUUAGGCUCUUUGUUGACUGAGUUUAUCAGUUUGUAUUGUUUUCAUUUGGUUUUAUAUACGUGUUUAUUUGGAUAUUAAAAGCACAUUGGUGGUGUCAAAACAAUAUUCUUUGAUAAAAAACAACAUUUAAAAGCUAUUUGCCACAGCAUUUGCCAUGAAUCGAUUAUUGGUUUAGUUGUCCUAAAACAGCUGCGGCCAAAGAGGCACAUCAACACAAAUCUACAAUAUUUUGCAUAUGUCUCUACUCACAAGGCAGACAGCAAUAAAAAAAACUGAGACACUUUUUAUUUUUAAGAAAUAUAUCCUUUUUAUAUCCUUAGAAUUUCUAUUAUAUCUGUUACUUAUUAGUCACAUGAAGUUGUCAGUUAAAGAGUGAACAUAGUUCAUACAAACUUGUAUUUUUUCCCAUAAAUUACAUUUAACAAUGUCUACAAAAUAGAUGUUUGAAGGUUUAACUUUCCAUACUUCAUUACAUUCCAAAAUCUGGCAAAAGGGCUUAAUGUAGCAUUCACAAUGCACCGUUGCAUGUUUCAUCCAAUGUCUUUGUGGAGGAUUUCUUGUUUCUACAACAGUGCUUUGUAAUGAGACUGAAAGCAAAGAUUAACUUAAUCUGGGUCAAUGAAUUUCGAGGCUUCAAGUUACAAACAAUUCAGGCUGCACAGGAGAAUAAGCAAAUUCCAAAAGUCUGUAAAUAACUGAGACGUUUGACUUACAAACACGGCCCCCCUGGUUGUGUGAACCACAGUGAUUUGAGCUUUUACUCUUCCUUUAGUCACAGUCGUAGUGUGCACAGCCACAAGUGAAGUGUCAUCCAUGUCCGUUUUGGGGGCUCCUACUAUGUGUAGUUUUUACAAUUUCCAGUGCCAUGGGUCCAUCUAGUGGUGGGUAAACCACAGGACCAGCAACAUAGUGUUACAAUACUGUAUUAAUUAAACUGUGUUAAUCAAGGGACAUCAUGAUGUCAACACUAUAACAUGUUUUCCAAUCAUGGAGAUAUUCCAAGGCCUGCUCCCAAUAUGGGAUCAUAUUAGUUUUGUUCUUUUUCUUAUUAAAUGCAUGAAUAUCUCGCCUUUUUGUUUGGUAAAAAAAAAUAAUAAUCCUGCCCAUCUUAGUUUGGCAACAUGUAUGCCGAGACUCAUUUAAUAAUUAUCUUUUGUUUAAAUGACUAUUGGGAAUAUGGUGCAUGUUAUUGGACUGUAAUGAAGAUAGGGUAAGAUGGUGCGACUCUCCAAAGGCACAGAGUCGAGGAAAAGCCCUCAACUGGAGCAACAAUCCUCAGUUGACGAAAAUGAAAGGCGUGAAAUGCAUCUGGGACGAUGUUGCACAUGUAAUGGCUGUAACGGCUCAACUGAUGGCUGCAAACUGAUUGAGAAGAUGUCCUACAGCGCCCCCAUGAGGCCAGUGACUGCUGCAGUGGCAGUGCUGAAUGAAUGAAUCACUUAUUACUUUCUAUUUAAGUUGUUGCAAUGCACUGUACAGGCCAUAUUAAUAAUCAUCAUAAACCAAUAACCUCUUGAUUAUAAGGUAGAGAGAAAUGCUUCAAGAGACGAUGUACCAAAUGUUAUUCUCAG